UGGUAAAAGAAAAGAGAUUAGAAGGUGUGAAGAAAUAGGUAGGAGAAUGAGAAUGCAGAGCCACACAAACUAGAAUAGAAAGAGUGAUGACUCACUAAAAUGAUGGAUGUGGUGAAGAACGGUUAGCAGCGGUGUGGGACUUCACAUGGCUUCUUCUACACUCGCUCCCACUCUCAGCCUCUCCACCAAAUCCUACUCCUAUCUCCCCAACACCAAACACCGGUUUUCAUGUCCCAGAAUAAAGUUAUUCUACUCCAAGCACCGCUCCUUCUCCGUCUCAGCUUCUGCUUCUGCUUCCACUUCAAAUUCGCUUCAGGCUCUCAUAUUCGACUGCGACGGCGUGAUCCUCGAGUCUGAGCACCUGCAUCGCCAAGCCUACAACGAUGCCUUUGUUCACUUCAACGUUCGCUGCCCCUCUUCUUCUUCUCCGGGCCCACUCAACUGGGACGUUCAAUUCUACGACGAACUCCAGAACCUCAUUGGUGGAGGCAAACCCAAAAUGCGAUGGUACUUUAAGGAACACGGGUGGCCUAAGUCCACGUUGUUCGAGACGCCUCCCACUAAUGAUGUGGAUCGGGCCAAGUUGAUUGACACUCUUCAGGAUUGGAAGACUGAGAGAUACAAAGAAAUAAUCAAGUCAGGAACUGUAAAACCCAGACCUGGAGUUCUGAGAUUGAUGGAUGAGGCCAGAGAUGCAGGGAAAAAGCUAGCUGUUUGCUCCGCAGCGACUAAAAGUUCAGUUAUUCUCUGUCUUGAAAACCUUAUAGGAAUUGAGCGCUUUCAAGGCCUUGAUUGCUUCCUUGCUGGUGAUGAUGUGAAGGAAAAGAAGCCUAGCCCAUCAAUAUACGUGACAGCUUCCAAGAAGCUAGGUAUAUCAGAGAAAGACUGCUUGGUUGUAGAGGAUAGUGUUAUUGGAUUGCAGGCAGCAACACAAGCAGGGAUGUCAUGCGUGGUUACCUACACACCUUCCACAGCAGAACAGGAUUUCAAAGAAGCCAUAGCAAUCUACCCUGACUUGAGUAACGUAAGAUUGAAAGAUUUGGAAUUACUACUUCAAGAUGUAGUAGCUGCUAAAUAGAAGAUUUCCUUGUGCCUUGGAAAUAUUGCUAUUUUAGCUGCCCUGCAGUGGUUUCUAUCAGGAAAAUGGAUUGAAAUAUUUGAUGUUUAUCACAAGGUUAAGAUCUCUCUCUUAAAAAAAAAAAAGAAGAAACAUUUUUCCAUGUAUUAAUUGACAGCGGAUGAUGUAUACGUGCAAAUCAAAAUGUGACAACAAUUCUUUGCAAGAUGUAUUAAAGAUCAGAAUCUAUUGUUUGUGUUUUUCUCAUUAAAUUGUAAUGCUUGCCAGAUAUUUCCUUUGACAA